CAGAUAACCCUCUCAAAGCGGCCAGGCUCAGGGGAUGGUGACAGCGUUCCCGUCCCCGCGGUGGGAAAUGGGACGGCGAUGGAAGAAGAAAAGCAAUUUUAAAUUCCCCGACGUCUUCAGGAAGCCCCACCGACCUCUCGCCGCACGUGCCAAAAUGUAAAGCAAAGCAGAAGCCUCCCUAAGCAGCGGCCAGCCCUGGAUGCCCGGGUUCCCGGACCCCCCCCCAAACACACCUGGAGCCCUCCGCUCCCUCCUGUCUGGAACCAGCCCCCCGCGCCCCGGGUCCCAGCGCCCCUGCCAGCGAUCAGCAGUCCAUGAGGGACCCUCAUGCAAACCACAGCAAAAACCACAACCCAUGUGCCCCUCGCAGCUAGCAAUCCUGCCCUUCCUGGCCUGCUUCCUUACUCAGGACCGAGAAUGCUGAGCAGCAUUACAGAUGGCAUCAUGUGCUGCCUUCUGGGCAAGACGCCCCAGGCCGUAGUGCCCCUGGAGAGCGUGGAGUCUAGUGACGGCUACAGCUUUGUGGAGGUGAAGCCGGGGCGGGUGCUGCGGGUGAAGCACGGGGUCCCAGUCCGCCCGGCCAUCGAGGGGGCCGAUGCCCCGCCUGGCGACAAGGAGCAGGGCCUGGUCCACUGCAAGCGGCGCAUAACCCUCUACCGCAAUGGGCAGUUGGUCGUAGAAAACCUGGGUGACACCCUGCGGGCGGACCUGCUCCAUGGGCAGAACGGGGGGGUGGAGCCAGCCGCCACAGUGGAGCUGGAGGUGGGGGAGGCAGGCACCGCAGGCACCCCGCCUGGCGAGGGGGCCCGGCCAGGCCCCGGGGGCCCGGAGCGGGCGGGCAGCGGCAGCACCAGUGGUGCGGGGCGGCGGCGGCGGGGCCGGCGGCCCAAACGCAUCAUUGACAUCGACUGCAAGAAGCGCAUCACCAGCUGCAAGGGCAUCCACGGGGACGUGGUGCUCUUCUUCAUCCACGGGGUGGGAGGCUCCCUCGCCAUCUGGAAGGAGCAGCUGGACUUCUUCGUGCGGCUGGGAUACGAGGUGGUGGCGCCCGACCUGGCUGGGCAUGGCGCCAGCUCGGCCCCCCAGGUGGCCGCCGCCUACACCUUCUCCGCCUUGGCCGAGGACAUGCGCGCCAUCUUCAAGCGCUAUGCCAAGCAGCGCAACGUGCUCAUCGGGCACUCCUAUGGGGUUUCCUUCUGCACAUUCCUGGCCCACGAGUACCCGGACCUGGUGCACAAGGUCAUCAUGAUCAAUGGCGGGGGGCCAACGGCCCUGGAGCCCAGUCUUUGCUCCAUCUUCAACAUGCCUACGUGUGUGUUACGCUGCCUCUCCCCUUGCCUGGCCUGGAGCUUCCUCAAGGCCGGUUUCGCCCGCCAAGGAGCCAAGGAGAAGCAGCUGCUGAAAGAGGGCAAUGCCUUCAACGUGUCCUCCUUCGUACUGAGGGCCAUGAUGAGUGGCCAAUACUGGCCAGAGGGGGAUGAGGUCUACCACGCCGAGCUGACGGUACCCGUGCUGCUGGUGCACGGCAUGCACGACAAGUUUGUGCCCGUGGAAGAGGACCAGCGCAUGGCGGAGAUCCUGCUCCUGGCCUUCCUGAAGUUGAUAGAUGAAGGCAGCCACAUGGUCAUGCUGGAGUGUCCCGAGCUGGUCAACACCCUUCUGCACGAGUUCCUGCUUUGGGAGCCAGACGCCGUGGGGCCUCCAGCGGCCCUGGAGCUGAAGAAAUGAGGAAUCGUGUGGGGUUAUUUUUUUUCAAGUCGGGCAUCUCGAAGAAGAUGAGAAGAGCGCAGCCUAUAGCGGCUGCCCUCCCUAGCAGGGGAGGGGAUUUUCUGGUGGCCAGAUCCAGCCGGAGGAGCCAGAGAGGCGUGGCUGUGAGGUGGGAGGGGAAGGGGUCUAGGCCCCACCCCCUCCGGCCCCGGCUUGAAAUGGCAGCGCUGGUGGAGACUUUGGAGGGUAGGACCAGGGGGGCGAACCCCAAGCCAGGAGGGACCCUCUCCUAGGUCUCCGCUGCUUCUCUCAUCUGUCUUGCCUCUUGUUGCUGGGUGGGGUGGGUGGAGGGGAGGGGGUGUAGAGGUAGGGCCAGGAGCCUCAGCACUGGGGGUUGCUUGAAAAGCGGGCCCUGAAUCGACGCCGCAUCCAGUCUGUCUUGGGGUCUCCCGUCCCGAGCCAGGGGAUCGGUUCAAAUGGAGAAGUCACUCAGACGGAUCCGCCUGCUUGUAGGAAGGGGUUGGGGGCUCGGCUGGCCCAACUGCGUUGCCAGGUGCUUGGACGCUGCCCUUCCACCACCCCAACACGCCACUCUGUGUCACCUGCCUGCAUUGUCGUCCCGAGUUCUCUAGCAGCCCGGGACCUUUCCCUUAAAACUGGUCUGCGGGAACCAGGCCUACCCUUUGUCCAGCUCCCCUCCUGGGGGCCAGACCUUUCUCCAUCAUGCCAGCAUCUUGACCGCCAGGGUCGGGAAGGAGGAUUUGCCACAGGACGCUUCUCCACCCUCACCCUUCCCCGCUCCUCAGAGAGUUGGAAGAAUUUUAAUAGUCGCUUGUAGAGAGAUCACUGGAAAAACCCAGUGGGUGGGAGGUGUACUUAAUGCAAAUCACAGGCGAUCAAAUAAACUGACAAUCAGAGCUCCCCGUCCCAGGGAGGGGUGUGGGCUGAGUGGAUUUUGGCCACUGUAGUGAAGGACGAAGUGUUGGGGGGUCUCAAGCCAGCAUCAGGUCUGUCCUGGUUGAAGUUGAGUCCACCUGGAUCCAGACACCCCCAUCACCUCCCUCCCUUUUCCCUUUGUUAACAGGUAUAGGGUUUAUCAGGUCAGGUGAUCGUGUAAUGAAAAAGCCCCACCACCAAGUCAAAAAGCGGCAUUUGAGCCCACAGAGAGGGCAGGAGCCUAUACCAGGCUCUCAGGGUCCAUGUUAAAGAAUGGGCCUGCUUGCUCCCUGCCCUCAGGACGCUUACAAUGUACUGGUCUUCAAAUUUGAACUCUCUCAUCUACACUGGUUUUCAAACUUUUGGUCUCAUGAUUCCUGUGGAAGGAGGGGGUAGGCCAGGAGAUAGCUGAGUUGAGCUAAUCAAUCAAUCAGUGCUAUUUAUUGAGCUUCUACUGUGUGCAGAGCACUGUACUGACUACUUGGAGUACAAUGGAGUUAGUAGACCUGACCCCUGCCCUCGAGGAGCUUCCAAUCUAGCCGUUGAGUCCUGUCUUCCUCAGCUCUAGACACUUCUGGCCACAAAGUUGGACAGGCAUUUGCUCGGUGGCUUCUGGCUUGUCUUUCUUCCAUGAAGUGACAGCUGCCCAAGGGAUGUUUUCACAGUCAUUCACUCAAUCGUAUUUAUUGAGCGCUUACUGUGUGCAGAGCACUGUACUAAGCGCUUGGAAAGUACAAUUUGGCAACAGGUACAGUCCUUACCCAACAACGGGCUCACAGUCUAGAAGGGAGACAACUGCGAUCAGGCUUUCCAAUCUUCCCAGAGAUAUAAGGUCUGGUGAGGUUUUUUUGACUCUGGUCUGUCUAGCUGCGCAAAGGGCAACUGUGUAUUUUUUCCCCCCUUUCCCCUUGGUUUUUACAAUAAACUGGAAAAGAACCUCCCACCCCUUACUAAGCCAAUCUGAGUAUUCUACUGAACAAUGCCAAAUGGGCGAGGAUACAGAGUUGUCUGCUGCUGUUGGGGUCUCAGAGCUCUUCUGUUCAGUGACCACGGGCUGGCCCCGUUUCCUCUGCCAGCCAUCUCACGGUGUGUGCCUCUGGGUAUGGAGGGACUCAGCAAGAGAGUAUGGAUGGUUCAGUGCAAAGCCUCACCCCUAUGGCAAAACAACUCAAGUAUGAGUCCUCCAUGACAGUAGGACAUACCUUUCCCCUCUCAGAAGCAGUGUGGCCUAUUGGAAAGAGCACAGGACUGGGCGUCAGGCGGCCUGAGCUCUCAU